GAUCUUUCCACACUCGGAUUUUUUUUUAUUUUAUUUUCCUCUUACGGUUUAAGCAAACUAGGGUUAGGGUGUUGGUUUUGGAGAAGCCAUGAAUUUGCCAAGGAAGAGGGUUCAACUUCUAAUCUUCGUCGUCGGCAUCGUCGCUCUCAGCAUCACUGCUGAAAAAUGCCGCCAGCUGCUUGGAGAAGAUGGUUCAUCCCAGAGUGGGAAGUUUACUUUGUUAAACUGCUUUGACAUGAGCUCUGGAACCCUAGCAUGCACCGUGAAGGAGGGUGUGAAGCUCUAUUUCUACAACAUCAGAGCUGCGCAUGUUGAAAGAGCACGGCAUCAUGCAAUUGAGGGAGCACUUUCUGAUGCAUUAACACAAGGACUGAAUGCUAAAGAUGCAGCUAAACACGCACAGAAAGAAGGAGCAAAAGCAGCGAAGUUGGCAACCCGACAAGCCAAACGUAUCAUAGGCCCCAUUAUUUCUUCCGGAUGGGACUUUUUUGAAGCUAUUUACUAUGGUGGUACCUUGACAGAAGGGUUCCUCAGAGGCACUGGAACCUUGUUUGGUGCCUAUACUGGUGGAUUCCUUGGUGAACAAAGGCUUGGGAGGUUCGGCUAUCUUGUGGGAAGCCAUUUGGGCAGCUGGGUGGGAGGUAGGAUAGGACUGAUGGUAUAUGACGUGGCCAAUGGAGUCCAGUUCUUGCUUCAAUCUGUCCAACCAGAAGAAACUCCCAUGGACAUGAGCUCUGAAGUUCCCGAAGAUCCCAGUUCUUACGAGUCUCCUGCCUAUGAAAGCUCUGAAGCACAAGAAGAUUCGGGUAUUUGGUGAUAUACUUUGGUCUCAUUACAAUUCUUUUCACUUAAAAUGAUGCAUUAUGUUGUUGAAUGGAGUAUGUGAUAUCUUUCAGCUGCAUUUCAGUAACAUUGAAAUCUGUAUAUGAGUGUAUCCUAUUUUUCUCAGACAACUACGUUCAUUUUUAGUUGUAGACCAUAAAUAGAAUGAAACAGUUGUUGAUAUCUCUUAAAAUGUUACUGUACCUUAGCUGUUACCCUGGACAUUAUAGAAGUGUUUGUCUAUUUGCUUAUU